AGUUUCUUUACAGCUACAACUGGGUGAUAUUACACGGCGCGAAUGGCGGCGAGUUACUUUUCAUUUUUACGAAGUUGAAAUCAGAUACAGUCAAUCUUUGCUGAGCUCAAAAUUCAAAUGAUCAAAAUUUGGAAUCUCAGGUAGACCGGGAAAUAGAAACCACUGGCCCUCCAAAAUAUAUAUAAUUUGAAAAACGGUGUCGGAGAAGGACAUGCACGUGGCUGCUGGCGGAGACGAAGAUGAACCAAUCUGGUUAUGGCGAUAACGAAUGGUUGGCGUUCGACAAUGAGUUUACCGAUGAGGAAAAAGAAAAUUAUGAGAUUGAGGUGGACGAGGAGGGAGGCGGAGAUGGAGAAGAAGAAGAAGACAGUUUCGCCGCCGAUUUCUAUAGCUGUGGAACCGAUUGGUCUUGCUUGUUGCCGCCGGCUACCAGUGGCGGAGAUAAUCAUUUGGACAGGAAGCUAAAACAGGCUAAUCUAUUGGAAAUGUGGGGAUUAAAAAAGCCAAAGCAUGAGCCUCUCCUUUUAUCUCCGCCUCCACUCAAGAAAUUGAAGACCGGCUCUGCAAUUAACCCUAGAGGAUCGAUUUCAAAAUUUUUUGGUAAAUCUACGAACAUUGCCACGACAACUACAACGACUUCUAAUAGGAAUCGACCUCGUAAUUGUCCUUUCUACAAGAAAAUUCCUGCCUUUUCUGUUGAUGCAUUUCGUUAUGGUUCAAUUGAAGGAUGCUCUGCUUAUUUCCUUACUCAUUUCCAUUACGAUCACUACGGCGGUCUUACCAAAGGAUGGUCUCAUGGUCCUAUCUACUGCACUCCUCUUACAGCUCGCCUCCUCAAACUUUGCCUUUCUGUCAAUUCAUCAUUUAUUCGUUACUUGGAACUUAAUACCGAGUAUGUUAUUGAAGGAGUUACAGUAACAUUAUUAGAAGCUAAUCACUGCCCUGGUGCUGCUUUGAUUCAUUUUCGCCUUCCAACUGGAGUUUGCUACUUGCAUACAGGAGAUUUUAGGGCUUCUGAGUUUAUGCAGUCUUAUUCCCUUCUUGUAAAUCAUAGAGUUAAUAUGCUUUACCUGGAUACGACUUACUGCAACCCAAAAUACAAGUUCCCUUCCAAAGAAGAUGUGUUAAGUUUUGUUGUUAGAGUUACAAAGGACUUCCUCAAAAGACAACCCAAGACACUUGUUGUUGUUGGGGCAUAUAGCAUUGGGAAAGAAUGCGUUUAUAUUGCCAUUUCCAAGGCAUUAGGUGUUAAAAUAUAUGCUAAUGCUUCAAGGAGAAGGAUUCUGCAUUCUUUUGGUUGGUCUGAUCUUUCAAGCAGUCUGUGUACACAAGCGAAGGAUACACCUCUCCACGUGGUGCCCAUAUCUUCUCUGCGAUUUGAGACCUUAAAAGAUUACUUGAAGACCUACAUAAAUCAGUAUGCAGCAGUUUUGGCGUUUCGACCAACAGGCUGGACUUACUCUGAGAGUGUAGGCAAACAACUUGAUCUAAUUAGACCUAUUUCUAAAGGCAAUAUCACAAUUUAUGGGGUUCCAUACAGUGAGCACUCCAGCUUUACAGAACUGAAGGAGUUUGUUGAGUUUUUGAAGCCAGACAAGAUAGUACCCACUGUCAAUGUUGGGAAUCCUGCAAAUCGAGAAAAGAUGCAAUCUUAUUUCCGGGAAUGGCUAAAUGGUUGAGGUCCUUGCAAUAAUCAAAUAAUUUAAAUUUGCACCUGCAGGACUUCCUUUCACAUCACGGCACAAUAAUUAAUCCCAAUUGUUUGACACAAUGCCUUGCGAGAAAGGAAUAUGUUGUCUUUUUCAGUUAUGCUACUGACUUUUACUCAGGCACCAAAUAAUUGGAUUAUCACAAUCAUCACUUUCAGUACACAGAGGCUUUGACAAAGCAGGUUCAUGAAGUUUCAGUGGAAUGGUCCCUGCCGUGUGGGGUUCAGACUUCAGAGUAGUCUCUCAUGAAUAUAUGUUCCAUUUUACUGUAACGAGAAACUUUUCAAUUAUCUCCUGAAGAACAAAGGUGAAGCAUUCAAGCAAUCAUUUUAUUAGAAUUGUUGUAAUAUCUAAUAAUCUUUCAUUUGUCUGAAUAUUUAAUUCUUACCAGAAUGGAUACAGAAGGUAUAAAAAAUAUUGUUUCUGAGUUUA